GCUAGCAAAGUUUGGCUAUGUUCCUUGUGUCGUACCGACAAGAUCCCGACGGAGGCUCGAUUCCUCGAAGCUAUGUCUAAGGGGCUAGAAAAGAUAUGCUGGUUUCGGCGUGUCGAGUCCGCUACCGACGCCCCUCUAUCCUUUCWGCUCAAGCGGCUGGACAUGCUGAUCCUAGACGCUYGCAAGUGGACGGAGUGGUGGCAYGYGWACGUCGCUCUCAKUUUUUGUCUCCUCGAGGUGGUGUUCCAUUGGGCCGAGUCGACCAAAACGACGAGGAAGACGAAAUCCCCGACGAGGAGGUGGAGCUAUUGAUAGUCCAAGCGUGGAGAACGGAUACGGAUGGGGAGCUGAUGGGGAUCCUGUUCUGGCAAGUGAGGGACGACCAUCGGGAGCCGAUCAUGAGUGAAGUCCUGGUAUUAUUGGCCCAACUCUUNGAUGGGGAGCUGAUGGGGAUCCUGUUCUGGCAAGUGAGGGACGACCAUCGGGAGCCGAUCAUGAGUGAAGUCCUGGUAUUAUUGGCCCAACUCUUAGACGACCUGCCUCUGGACGUCCUUUCGCGCUGCGACGAGCGGUCUGCGCCGGCCGUGCUCACUCGAACAUUGGUACCACAUCCGCUGUGGUCCACGUGUACGGAGCUCUACAAGGAUAACUGCUGCUACCCGUCCUCGGGCCACUAUGUGGUCAUUGACGUGACCGAUUUCACCUUUUGGGAUCCGAUCAUUCGGASGGAAGAACGGGGGUGUGAGGCAAGCGGAAUGGAAGAAGAAGAGGUGCAAGAAGAAGAAGAAGAGGAAGGGAAUGGGAGCUCGAAGGCUGAAUCUGACAACCCCGACUAUUCAGAGGAAGCUGAUUCGGAAGAAAGUGGGCCGGACGAAUAAGGCGGCCCCCGCAAGCAGAGCAAGAAAGAGGAUGAGGUCUCAGCGCAUAAGAGGGGAUUCGUGAAAACCUCACAAUCAGAGAAAACCUAACAUCUCUUAUAGAAUGAAAAAGUAAAAGUCAA